AUGACGGAUGCCAUACUAAAAGACGUUCAGAAGGUGGUGCCCCACGUGCCCCUUUCUCUAGUAUCCCAGGGCGCCGAAGCCUUGGUGUUUUCCACAGAAGUGCAUCCAUACUCUCCACAUCCAAAAGCGUCUCGGUUCAUCAUCAAGUACAGACCACCAAAACCAUAUAGACAUCCAAAGAUCGAUGCGCUUAUCACCAAGCUGCGUACGGUGGGCGAGGCCAAGUUUAUGGCAAAGUUGGCGAAAAUCGGUGUGGCGGCUCCAGCUUUGAUUCUGCUAGAUGCACCAAACGGAGUCAUUUGGAUGGACCAUGUCGGGAUAGAUCUUCCGAACGGGCAGGUUUCGCUGAUCAAAAACUACCUUUGGCAUUUGGAGAAGGAAGAUAAGGAGAGCUGUCUCAGCUCCGAGGUGGAGCAGGUAUUGAAAGCAACAGGCUCGGCUAUAGCUAAGUUGCACUUGAACGAUAUGAUCCACGGAGACUUGACCACACUGAAUUUGAUAUUACAGGAGAACGACGUUUACCUCAUUGACUUUGGAUUGAGCACGUACUCGAAUCUUCCAGAGGACAAGGCAGUCGAUUUGUAUGUCAUGGAAAGAGCGGUGUUGAGCACACAUUCAGACUACGCAGACCAAUACAACCUGUGGCUUCUCCAGGGUUACGAGGAGCUUCAUCAGAGCUAUGCCAGCAAGGGCGGCCGCAAGAAGCUCCAGGAAACCAUCAAAAAGCUAGAAGACGUCCGUUUGCGUGGACGCAAGAGAUCCAUGUUGGGAUAA